AUGACGGUUAAUGAAAAGAAUGGUAGAGCUGAGAUUGCUUAUCUAGAUGUAGAAGAUCAAACCUCUCUGGGCACCUUGCCCUAUCUUUCGUACAAGAAAGUACUUCGCAAAGUAGACAGGAAACUAUUGAUUUUGUACUCGGUGGUUUACCUAUUUACGCAAUUAGAUAAGAAUAAUAUUAGUAACUCGGCGAUAAUGAAUCUCGAAGCUGCUCAUGGUAUUAAAAAGCAAUUAGAUCUUUCUUCGCAACAGUGGGCAUGGGUACUCGCUGCGUUCUAUUAUCCAUACCUAUUUUUUGAACCGCUUGCAACUUUAUUGCUAAAGUAUUUCACUCCCAGAAUCUGGCAAUCUAGGAUUAUGCUUACCUGGGGUGGAAUCUCCAUGUGUCAAGCCGCCACUAAAAACUUCCAGGGGUUGGUCGCUGUAAGGUUUUUCCUUGGUCUUGCAGAAGCAGGAUACUAUACACUGGUACUAUACCAUUUAAGCUUCUGGAUCAAACCUAGAGAAUUGCCUAAAAGAAUUGCAUUUUUUUAUUCUGUGGGGAUGUUGUCUGGUGCAGUUUCCGGGAUUUUGGCCUAUGGAAUCUCUUACUUGGAUCAAAAGGCUGGUUUGGCUGGUUGGCAAUGGCUCUUUAUAUUGGAAGGUUUACCAACAGUAUUGCUUGGAAUUUUCACGUUCUUUUUCCUACCUAACUUUAUUGAAGAUGCAAAAUUUCUAACAGAUGAUGAAAAGGAAUUGUUGAAAUCCAAUCUUCCAGAAUCUGCACCAACUAAAGGAGAGAAGGACUUCAAUUGGCUGCAGAUUAAAGACUUAUUGAAAGUUCCAACUUUUUACACCUACACUUUGAUCUGGUUUUUCCAGGGUAUUGGAGGCUGGGGUAUAUCUUUCGUUUUACCAACUAUUAUAUAUCAGCUAGGAUUCACUGAUACUGCAAAAACACAGUUGAUGGCCAUGCCACCUUCCAUUGCGGGGGUAAUCUUAUUAAAUAUUUUGGGUCAAUUGGCACAUAAGAGGAUAAUUAAACCAUUCCUAACUGCUUUUAUUAUGUCACUUAUUCAAAUCAUAUGUUACAUAGUAUUACUAACAGUAAACAGCAAUUAUGCCAAGUAUGUGAUGCUAAUUAUUGCCACAGCUAUUUCGAAUUCUUUAUAUCCAAUACUUUGGCCAGAUAGAUUAAGAGUACUCAGAGGCUCUACUGCAGCAGGCAUUGCUAUUGGAGUCACAAAUGGCUCCACUCUGUUUAUGGGUAUCAUAGGGCCACAAAUCUAUCAAUCUAAAUUUGGUCCAAAGUAUCAUGUAAGUUAUUCAUGUUCAAUAGCUUUAUGUAGUGUAGUGCUGGUCAUGAUUGCCCUUACUUGGUGGCUAGUAGCAAGAGAUGGUUUGUUGGAAACUGAGGGUGCAUUAAAAGAUGAAAGCAGCUUCGAUAAGAACGACGAAGAAUACAGCUCUUGA